AUGACAUCAGAGGGCGGGGUGACAUCAGAGGGCGGGGUGACAUCAGGGGGCGGGGUGACAUCAGAGGGCAGGGUGACAUCAGAGGGCGGGGUGACAUCAGGGGGCGGGGUGACAUCAGGGGGCGGGGUGACAUCAGAGGGCGGGGUGACAUCAGGGGGCGGGGUGACAUCAGAGGGCGGGGUGACAUCAGGGGGCGGGGUGACAUCAGGGGGCGGGGUGACAUCAGGGGGCGGGGUGACAUCAGGGGGCGGGGUGACAUCAGAGGGCGGGGUGACAUCAGGGGGCGGGGUGACAUCAGAGGGCGGGGUGACAUCAGGGGGCGGGGGGGGGGGUGACAUCAGGGGGGGGGUGACAUCAGAGGGCGGGGUGACAUCAGGGGGCGGGGUGACAUCAGGGGGCGGGGUGACAUCAGGGGGGGGGGUGACAUCAGGGGGCGAGGUGUCAUCAGGGGGCGGGGUGACAUCAGAGGGCGGGGUGACAUCAGGGGGCGGGGUGACAUCAGAGGGCGGGGUGACAUCAGAGGGCGGGGUGACAUCAGAGGGCGGGGUGACAUCAGAGGGCGGGGUGACAUCAGAAGGCGGGGUGACAUCAGAAGGCGGGGUGACAUCAGAGGGCGGGGUGACAUCAGGGGGCGGGGUGACAUCAGAGGGCGGGGUGACAUCAGAGGGCGGGGUGACAUCAGGGGGCGGGGUGACAUCAGAGGGCGGGGUGACAUCAGGGGGCGGGGUGACAUCAGAGGGCGGGGUGACAUCAGGGGGCGGGGUGACAUCAGAGGGCGGGGUGACAUCAGGGGGCGGGGUGACAUCAGGGGGCGGGGUGACAUCAGGGGGCGGGGUGACAUCAGGGGGCGGGGUGACAUCAGAGGGCGGGGUGACAUCAGGGGGCGGGGUGACAUCAAAGGGCGGGGUGACAUCAGGGGGCGGGGUGACAUCAGAGGGCGGGGUGACAUCAGAGGGCGGGGUGACAUCAGAGGGCGGGGGGGGGGUGACAUCAGGGGGCGAGGUGUCAUCAGGGGGCGGGGUGACAUCAGAGGGCGGGGUGACAUCAGGGGGCGGGGUGACAUCAGAGGGCGGGGUGACAUCAGAGGGCGGGGUGACAUCAGAGGGCGGGGUGCAUCAGGCGGAGGGCGGGGUGACAUCAGGGGGCGGGGUGACAUCAGAGGGCGGGGUGACAUCAGGGGGCGGGGUGACAUCAGAGGGCGGGGUGACAUCAGAGGGCGGGGUGACAUCAGAGGGCGGGGUGACAUCAGAGGGCGGGGUGACAUCAGGGGGCGGGGUGACAUCAGGGGGCGGGGUGACAUCAGAGGGCGGGGUGACAUCAGAGGGCGGGGUGACAUCAGGGGCGGGGGGCGGGGUGACAUCAGGGGGCGGGGUGACAUCAGAGGGCGGGGUGACAUCAGAGGGCGGGGUGACAUCAGAGGGCGGGGUGACAUCAGAGGGCGGGGUGACAUCAGGGGGGGGUGACAUCAGGGGGCGGGGUGACAUCAGAGGGCGGGGUGACAUCAGGGCGGGGUGA